UAUAUGGACCGUAGACGCCGAAACAACGAAGCAGCCAAACGUUGCCGAGCUAAUCGCCGAGCAGUUUUUGAAUAUCGUUCCCGGCGUGCCCAAUUGCUUGAAGCAGAAAAUGGGGAGCUUCGACAAGAAAUGAUUAAAUUAAACAAUGAAUUGGAACAAUUGAAGGCUUUGAUAGCAGCAAAUGCAGUUGCAGCAUCACAAGAGACAUCACCCUCCCAACAAAAUCAACGUUUAAUGCAUAAAGCAUAA